AUGAAGGAACGAGUUCGGACACAGAUUCGGGACCGUCGUCCUGACAGCCCGGUGGAAGAGGCUCAGACACCGCUGUUGGAAAACAUGGUGAUCGGUGUGCCGCCUGUCUUUGAGGGCUUGACGAGGGAGAUUGAUCAGUUGGUUGAGCAACCUUUGCUGGGUCCGAGAUCGGAAUUCCCCUCGCCUUCGUUUGCAUUCGCACGAAAAGAUGUUUCUGGGAAACGGAAACCACAGGCUAUUGCCCAUCGUGGAUACAAGGCGAAGUUCCCCGAAAACACGAUGGGUGCUUUCCGGGGAGCAGUGGAAGUUGGUGCAGAGGGACUUGAGACGGACAUACAUCUGUCGAAAGAUGGUGUAGUCAUGUUGUCACACGACAAAGAUCUGAAAAGAUGCUUUGGUCGCAACGAGAAGCUCCUAGACUGCAACUACGACUUCUUGAGCAAGCUGAAAACGCUGAAAGAGCCGCACCAGUCGAUGCCCCGGCUGAUAGAUCUGCUCGAGUAUCUGGCGCAGCCUGGAUUGGAAGAGAUCUGGGUGCUCCUAGACAUCAAGCUCGACAACGACCAAGAAGACGUAAUGCGAGCAAUCGCAGAUGCUAUCAUUAGCGUCAAGCCCUCACCAACUCGCCCCUGGCAAAGCCGCAUCGUCCUCGGCAUCUGGGCCGCGAAAUACCUACCUCUCUGCUCUCGCUACCUCCCCAGCUUCCCCGUCUCCCAUAUCGGCUUCUCUGUCGCCUACGCCUCGUACUUCUUCGCCGUCUCCAACGUCUCCUUCAACAUGUACCAAGCCGCCCUCAUGCUACCUUGGGGCCGGGCAUUCAUCCGCAAAGCGCAGCGCGACGGGCGGCCGGUUUAUGCAUGGACCGUGAACGAGGAACGGCGUAUGCGGUGGGAUAUACGGAACGGGAUCGAUGGGGUAGUUACGGACGAUCCGAAGUUGUUUCUGGACGUGCGGAAUAGCUGGCACGAGGGGAUGAAGGAGAAUUUCGGCCUGCUCAUGUGGCUGGAUGUGCUGAGGGCGAAUCUAUUUGUGAUGAUCUUUGCGGUUUUUCUGAGGUUAAAGCAUGGCAGUCCGAAGAAGCCGUUGGUGAGGGCGAAGGUGGAGAGCGGUGGACAAUAG